AUGCCACCCGGCGAGCCUGUGGGCCCGGAGAAAGAGGAUGGGUUAGAUAGGUCGUCGUCAAAGUCGUCGCAAAAGUACACACCAAAAUUCGAGCGAACCGAUUGGUAUGUGGAGCCGCUUCUGAAUUUCGACGCCGAUACGUCGACGAUGGAGGAUGUCUACCCGGCGGUGAAAUACUGGACUGAAAUCGCGUUGGAACUGAAAUCAAAAUCAUAUCCAAUAUGCGAAGGAAUCGAUAAUUGGAAGGAAUUCGAUCAGAAAACGAGACAAAAAGCACGAAUGUUGGAUGAUUUCUUGGAUUUAUUCAUUACGAAACGACUGUAUUCAGAGGAGAAGGAGUUCGAAGUGUUGAGAGUUCUCAUCUCACAGGGAAAACCGUAUUUGGAGUUUAAAGAGAAAAUGUCCAAAGUCAACUUCUCUCUAAAAUGCAACACAAUCUGGGAGAACGAGGCGGUGGCGUAUCGAUGUAAUACGUGUGCUUUCACACCUUGUAUGUCACUGUGCGAAGCGUGUUUCGACGCCAACGGACACGUCGGUCACGACUACAUUCGAUUCUUCUCGAGAGAGGGCGGAGCUUGUGACUGUGGAAAUCAAGACGUGAUUAAGGAGUCGGGAAAUUGUCCGGAGCAUGGAGACGAGUCGAAACGACCGAAAUACGAUAUGACGGAUGUGUGUAUGGCAGAGUAUAUUGUUACGAAACUCGUUGUUCGCAUGUUUUUGGAUUAUCGAGGAUGGACGCGUCGAUUCCAACGAGCCGAGGAGCAAUUCCAUCAGGAGGCGGAGCCAACACUCCGACGAUCCGAAUUCGACAUUGGCGCAUUUUCAGCGGCAGACGCACAGAGGACGAAGAAUAUUAUUGAUUUUUUGCAGGAAUGCUCAAACUACGGUGGUCCGAUGCGUCUCAUAGUCUCGGAGAUUCUGUUGAACAAGGAUUUGUACAAAGCUCUGACAGAGAAAACGGGAGAGCAUUAUGAUGAAUCGGGACGUGUCGAGUUGUCACUGGACUGGCGUACCUACCACAUGUUCAAAAACGACCGUGAAUCCGUUUUGCCGCAGAAAACUCAACGCUUCGUUCUGAUGGAUACUGUAGAGAAGAUUGAGUGCUUCACACUAUUAGAUGAACUCAUAUUCUGGAUAAAUCGACAACUUUUCCCACAGAAUUUGGUCAAUUUUGGACUGAGUUUGUUGUCGGAACCGGGGUAUCGGGACGCAUUCGCCUACCGUUUCUUCACAUGGUAUCCGAUCUGUGGAAAAGUGAUUUUUGAACUAUGCAUCAGUCAAAACGCGCUCCACCGCAAUGAGGAUCGUGUGUCGCCAACGUGUAGUCGAGCUGUCCACGUGACCGUUCAAAUGUUGUCAUCGGCUUCGUUAUGCAAAGAAUUGAAUGAUAAUGUGCAAUUGGUUAAGACGAUUUUCGAGGUGACAAGAUAUAUGAUAUGUGAGAGACUCGUCGACUCGGAUAUUAGUUUGAAACCCCAGAACAUAUUCAAAGAGAAUAAGCGUUUUCUGAAUAUGACUACGAUGGAUGGCCGCCCGACGUGGAGUGUUAUGACGAUGUUGAAAAAUGCGGCGAUCAGCCAACACGGCUACUGGUUUGUCAUGGGUGACAUACAGAACGUUCUCACUCACACAUCGCUGGCAGUCGACUCGGUAUUUGAUGUGGAAUGUUUCGGUGGAUCAUACAUGAGAAUGAUGUGUGAAAUGCAAGGAAUGAAUCCGAUAUGGCGGAUCAUUUCGGGAAAUGCACUGGAGCAUGACGCCGGGGAGGAGGUGCAGAGAGCGUACACACUGGAAUUUGAGACCCUAGCCGUCACCCUCUUCAACAUUGUUGCCGCGAUUCAACAGGAGAGAAGUAGCGAUGGAUCCAGACGAUUUUUCGCUCAUUGCAAAGAGAAAUUGGUCGAAUGGUUUCAUAUUCUGCUUCCGAUCGCUUCAGAAGACGAACGACGCGAAGUUUGGGGAAAUGUGUUGAGGGCGCAGGCGUAUACGGUCACUUUUCAUAUUCCGUUGCAUAGACACAUAUCCACCGCCUUGACACAUUUCCACGACAUUCCCCAAUUCAACGACUACAUCUCGGAGACCCUCCUCCGCGACGAAACCCUCAUCCGCCUACUCCUUAUCCAUCCACUCCGUAUCCAAGUAGCACGCGCCGAGAUCAAUUGUAACAUGUGGGUUCGCAAUGGAGCGCAAGCACGGAUGUCCGCGUUGAUCUACUCACAAUGGAAUGUGAGCAGCGCAUUCCAAACGCCCGACAUUGAUUUGAUCCGAUUCUGUGCCGCCCAUAUCGAUAAGGAGCACUUUGUGAAGGCGUUGACGACGUCGUUCAAUCUGACGGAAAGUAUUGAGAUUCAGAGGGGAAAUUAUGUGGAGACAAAAGAAGAAUCGAGAAGAAUAUUGGGCGGAGUUGAGGAGAAAGAUUCAGAUGGGAACGUGGUGCCACCGGAGAAGAGAAUGAUGUAUGAAGAGUAUCGACGAAUGAUUGAAGAGGAACCGAUUCUGAUUGAACGGAGUAUUCUGGGGUAUACGGAGAAGAUGACGGAGGUGGAGAAGGCUAGACAUCAGGAGGUUAUGGACAUAAUGACACACGAGUCAUUCGCUACGGAGCUCACCAUCGACUACCGUAUUCCAUCGCCAUUCGAUCACUCACGUGAUCCACGAAUGCCGAUCGUCGGAGAAUUCAUUCGACGUCAUCUGGCCGCUGCCGGCGUCGCGCCAGACGGAGAAAUCGAGAUGGAUCGAGAGUUCGAUCCGAGCAUUUUCGAUGAUGAGGAGAUUGAGCGACGGAUUGUAAUUCGAGAACAAGCGUGGAUUGAUCCCAUGUUUUGGGGAAUGUUUAAGCUCAUCGCCGAACUCAUCGCCGUCCGCGUCAAUUCGGGCGCCACAUCAGAAGAACAUUAUCGGUCGGAAAUGGUGAAUUGUAUGGCGCAGGGAAAUGUAGCCUACUCGAGACUGAGAUCAGCGAUUUCGGAAAAGGGAACUCGCGGAAGUGAAAUGAUUGAUCGACAUUUUGAGAGGAUUUUGCAGGAGAUCGGUGAUUUCGUGGAUCCUGCCGAAUGUGCCACACACCUCCAACAAGGCUCCUACCAACUCAAAACGUCCAUCUGGGAUUCAGAAGUGUGUCCGGUGUUCUUCAUGAUGCGUUCCACGUCGAUCAAACACGCCCGUGAAGUUUUCGCCCGAAUGCAGAUGAGAGAGAAGAAGAAUGCGGUGGAUGAGGGACGCCAUUCGACGGAUGAGCCAUUCUGGGUACCAUUCCGAUUGAUUGAUUUCGACGAGAAGAAGCGGCAUGAGGGAAUCGCCAAAAUCUAUAACAUGUUGCUUUCCGAGCGAUUCUUGCUCCAUUGUGUGGCGGUGCUCGCCAGCGAAUACGAUCAAGAGGCGAAAUUCCAUGAUUGUACGAUUCAGUUGGCUGUGUAUUUGUUAACCUUGGGUGUGAAAUAUGUGGAGCAGUACAGAGGGGAUCAGAAGUCGCCGUCGUCGUGCCUUCAGAAGUGGUUGAAUCCUUUGAAUCCAUUGGAGACGACGAUUUUGGUGACGGCAGGAGCAGGAGCAGUGGUGGCGGUGGUGGUGGCAAGAGGAGAAGAAUCGGUCCAGUUGCUCCACGCCCACAUGGUCAACAUCUACCACACUCCAUUCAAACUCUACAAAAAAGACGAACUUGACUAUCUCCUCACAAUCUCCUCCUUCAUGACACGCCUCCUUACGAUUGAGGCGAAACGACUCGACCAACAAAUUCCAACGUAUCGAAAAGUGCUGUCCGGUGAGUACGAUCGUGAGAAAGUGACCGGCGGCAAGUUGGUGUAUCUCGGGCGGUUCAUGUCGAUUCUCGUGAAAAUCAGCGCGACGGCGAGAUGUCUUGUCGAGGAGAAACUCCAGAGAGAGGAGACGAAACAGAGUUUACUCGCUGCGAGACAAGAAUCAUCAAACGCCAGAAAGUCACCGAUGGACCCGUCGAAGACUGCUGCCAAAGAGGCGGCAAAGAGGCGGAUGGAGGCAAUCCUCCAGAAUUCUGCGAAAAAAUCCGCACAAACCAUGAAGAAACUGAUGAAAACCGAGGGAAUGAGUGCCGACGAGGUGAGCACCGUGGAUCCGAGUCAACAGAAUCGAAAAGUUUACGAAUGCCCGAUUUGUGGUGAGCAGGAGACGCCGAAUACGGUGGAGAUGCCGUUUGGAAUGUUGGCCAAACUCUCCACGAAUUUCAUAUGCGAGGAGCAAAUCGACGCGUCGAUUGAGCCGAUUCGAGAGUUGCUCGAAUAUGAUGAGUGCUCCAAGGAGGACAGUAACCUGCAAGAGGAGACACGCAGACAUUAUACGGAUAAGAGGAGACUUGGGAUGAGCACGUUGGAGCCGGUGUCGAUUGUACGCGUGGUGCCACCGAUGGUUGGCAUGGAUUUGAAGACGUGCGGGCAUGUUGCACAUAUUGAGUGCUUCAAUGCCUAUCGAGCGUCGUUGCACGACACUGUCCCAAACACCGGACGACGUGAAGCCGGAUGCCCAAUGUGUCGACACACAGCGAAUGCGAUCAUUCCGAUAUCACUCGACAAGCCGUACGUACCCGUGAAGACUCCGCCCUCUCCGUUUUCGUAUUCAGACGUUUGGAAGAUAAUGGACGUGUUGUUGCAGAAGGCGAGGGGGCCAGUUUAUCAGGAAGACGAGAAGAACGUGAAAUACGCGACAAACUACAGUACCCGAGAAGGCGGCGGACUCAAUGAGCUCUACGAGGGUCGCCGGAAAAGUGCGGAUUGGACGGAACGACAACAGUCACAAAUGGAGAGUUGCACGACGAGUACAAUGAUUGUUUCGGUGGCCGUGGCGAUUGUGGAGAGGUCGAGUUUGUUGAGAAAGAUGAAGGCACCGGAGAGAAGGAAGAACUCGAGAAUGAGUAUGACAGAACACAUCAUGACGGCCUCCGUUGCCACAUCGAAAGACGUCGACUUCGACGUGACCCUAUCGACAAUGACGAAUCUCUUCGCAAAAGUGUCGGAGGCCUCACAGAAAUCAUCGUCUCCAAGGCCGUCGAGCUCGACACAACAAGAGAAAGUGCCAGGAUUGAGUUCAGAUGAAAUGAUGGCGAUGGUGACGAUAGAGCUUCUGAAUCCUGGUGCCACGUCUUCCGAUGUAGUAAUUCAGAAUUCUCUUCAUAACUUCGUCUUGAGGACCUUUGAAGGGUACCUCCUUCCGGAAUCCAUGUGCAUUCCGAAUAACAGUGUUGUCGGGUGUGAAUGUCCAGGAGGCGGUGAAGACGUCCAACUCGAUGGUGUUGUCACCGAUGGAGCAACAACGCCAGUUGAAUGGCGUGGCGGUAUGGAUCCGCUGGAGUUGGUUGGAUUCGCUGUGGAGCACGAGGGGCUCCCGCUUGGCUAG